ACUUUACAUCCUUUACACCCUUUACACCCUUUACACCCAAUAGUGCCUACAUACAAAGAAUUUGCCUGUAUGGUAUGUGGUACCCUCAUCCAACUCCGGCCAGACCCAAUAACGCUAACAUAUGCGCCAUCAAACUUGGAAAGUUGAUCGUAAACAUUUUGGGAAAUCGUGUACCUUAACCUAACUUACAUAAUUGCAAGUGUGUCUCGGGGCCUCUACCUUCGACCAAUUCUUUCCCUUUCUUUGUAUAUUUCCUUGUAAUAUAGGUAGCCCUUUUCGUUACCUGGUAGACAUAUACCUAGUACCGAGCAUGACAAGGUCAGUUGAGCAGUGAGAAGGCAACAUUGAGGCUCAAGCAAGCUCAAGCAAGCUGUAAACUAGGUGAAAUAGGUACAGACUACCUAGACCUAGGUAUACCAUAUUACCUAGUACCCAGAUGAGUGUGACCUAUCGAAGUUCACUCUGCUCUGAUCUGCCGCUUGGCUUUGGCACCAAGUCAUUUAAUAUGCUCUCGUGAGCCGCCGAUAUUUCUCUCGUCACAAGCGCCGAUUACACCCGAAGCACCCGAAGCUACACCCGGCCUUACCCUUGUAUCUGGAAUGACCCUUCAUUAGGUGUAUCACUCCGCGCUUCAGCUAUCUCUCGGCUUCCGCGAGUUCAAGCAUGGAUCUGAGACCAGUUCCUCCGCGAUUAGUUGACCGAAGAGAAAUCCCGAAAUCUCAGCGGCGCGCAUCCUUCUCCGCUGUGAAAGCAUUGCGGUUAAGGUCGCUCAGUAUUAGCUCACAGAUCUCAAGCUCUUCCGAGACAGACCUUCCCUCACCAAUCACUAGUCGGAAGCGGACUUUGACGAAGAAUCGCACUUUUGAAUCUUUAAAGGAAGACUUGAUCCGGAGGCCCUCCAAGUCUUCAACCGAAGAUAACACUGAACGGAUAUCUACCUCGACUAGACCUACGAGUCCUUCGGGUACAGGCAGUCAAUGCGCUAGCAUCUUUGGUGAUUCUUCUACCGUCAUCAAGUCGGGGCCUCUCCUACCAGAGACAUCUAUUCUGAAGUCCAAGAAAGAAUUCCUGGUACUUACCCCUUUCGCCUUGAUCAAGUUCAAGAGUCGUUCUGCUGCAGUUGAGCGAUUCCCACAACUUUCGGCGAAUGGUAGCGUCGUUGACCUCGCCGGUCCGAAUAGUUCGGCAAGUUCUUUAAAGGAUCAUAGCCAUCAUGGAGAAUUACGUAUCCCCUUGGAGAAAGUCGUGUCUGUGUUCAACGACGAAGGGACCCGUCCAUCAUUUGGUAUCGAAGUCUGGUGGGACGAUCAAAGGGGGGUCUCAUUUACAUGUCUCCAAAUAGAUUUUGGUCUCCCAGAGGAUCGUAAUGAAUGGCUAAAGCAGAUUCGACAGGCGAUUAAAGUACGCGCCAAAGCUCUUCUAGAAGAGCCGACUCCCCCUGAUGUUGAACUAGAGCUUAAGCAUAUAUUAGAGCCUCAUCAAACACAGCAUAGAGCCAUUCGGAUGGAGAUAUAUCCUAUUAUACCUCGGCGGCGGUAUACAAUACAGAGAUCAAACUCAGGUGAGGCGAAGAGAGGCUGGAGGGAUCAUUCAUCUUUCUAUAUAGCAUUUACCAAGAACUUUUGUGUUCUUGCUCAGUUCACCAAAACUUCAACGGGCCUGAGGAUUAAUCCUAAUCUUGUUCAAUUCGGGUUGGUGACUCUUUCCAAAGUCAACGUCAUCCUUAACGAUGAAAGAUUUGACCUCGUUUUUCGACUGCCCUUGGAGAAGGCUAGGAAGCUAGAGCUUUCCAGCCGGCACCAUCGAAGCAUCUCAUCAAAGCUGUACAAAGCAGAUACCUAUCUGAAGCCGACUUGGCCUCUGUGGACUCGCCGUGAAGUUUUCUGCAUUGACGGCGAAGCCCCACAAAUGCCUCUCCCCAACGGCGAGGAUUAUUGUGGUUUCAAGACGACUCUAGGAGCUUUCAUCGAAGGAUACAACUGCGCUCCAGUUGAAUGGAUGGUGCAUUGGAAGAAUGUGCGGAACCCACCUCAGUUCUGUCUCCUCGCCCCAAAGGGACAGCCUAAGUAUACUGCCCACCAACUCCUGGCUGUUUUCCGUGCCUUACGCUUCAACGAUUUCUUCAAGUCGUUGUCGUUUUGCAAUAUCGAUUUCAGUAGUCUUUCUGAGACCUCCGAUAACGUUGCAAGACUGGAGUCUACAACUUGGCUCUCCAGAACAGGAAAUCGUAGUCUUACAAAAGCCGAGUACGAGCUUGUAGAGAAUUCUUCUGUGUUGUUCCAAGAGAUUGUAGCUCUCCUACUUGGGUCUGAGUCUAUUCGGCAUAUUGAUCUCAGCAACGUGCUCGGCAAUAUGCCCACUUCGCCAUCAGAGAAUGGUCAAUAUUCCCCGGGCCCAAUGAGUAGAGAGUGUGAAGUUAUACCACCUAUCGUCCUCCUCUGGAAGUCUCUACAGACUCGAUGCAACUCAAUUAACCUGAGUGGGAAUCGCCUAGGCGUGUCUGAUAUAGCAGGUCUUUCUCGUGUUCUACAGAAGAGGCCGGGCUUUUUGAAGAAAAUGUCUGUAUCGAAUUGCCAUCUUGACGAGAAUGCACUUGCAAUACUUUGGGAGGGCUUGCACGAGCAACAUUCGACUCUUGAGGUUCUUGACUUAUCACACAAUCUGGGCCGCAUAGAGGCAAUAAAGGCCUCGGAGACUCUUAACGAGUCAAGUAGAUUACGAUGCUUAAACCUUGCUUACUCCAUCAAGGGGAAUCUAGAUGGCCCUUUAUUCAAACCGUGGAGCACUGGGUCAAGUCUUGAACCCUGGCGUCUAGAAGAGUUGGACCUCUCUGGGUGGAAGAUCAAUUCCGAUACUCUUCAUAGUAUCAUGAAGUUUGUUGAGCUUGACGAGUCUUGCAACCUGCGUCGUCUCGCUCUUGUCAAUUGUGGUCUCUCGGGAGAUAUGGUCACUGGACUCUUUUGCCGGCUCGGUGCAGGCCGCAAUAUGCAUUUGUUACUGAAUGAGAAUCCUCUUGAGAGUGGUUCAACUGAUUGGAUUGACUUAAUCCAUGGCAGUGAAGCACCGAAAAAAAUCCAUAUGGAUAUGAUUCACUUUCAUCACGAAUCGAAUUUCAACCGACUCUUAAGGGCACUUGCUCAUAACAAAACCAUCGAGUUUCUGAGUAUGGUGGGAACGGGACCUCCGAAUCGUGCGAGUUCUAAAACGUCGGAGCUGCUCUCUCGAUUCUUCGAAUCAAAUAAUACAUUACAAUAUCUCGACCUUUCUGGUUAUAGCGGCAAACUGGAAGACAGCCAUAUGGGCUGGGAGCUGACAGGAGCCAUGGGCGGGCUUAAGUGGAACAACACGCUACGUCAACUUCGCGUUCGCAACCAUGAUUUAGGUACGGCAGAAGAUGUGAGCGAACUCUGUCGUGUGCUCGCUUUGAACAAGGGACUUGCGAUGUUCGAUUGCCAGCACAACAGCUUCAACCACCACCAAUUCGCACAGUUUGUUUACGCGCUGAGUUCUAAUCAGCAAAUCAUAUCUUUCCCGAUGUCUGACGCCGACCGGGAAUAUGCGGUACAGAAGGAAAAGCAGUCAUUCCUCCAAUCUCAAGCCCAACCGGAAAGGACCUUUCAGGUCAAAAAAUUGAAGUCGGCGGAGGGGCGCUUAAAUGGGUUGCUGAAGUGGGUAGACGAUUUCUGGAGAUCCGAAGCCAAUAAAGCGCUAGAAGUGUUGGAGAGGAACAGGAGUGAUCCUCGUAAUCAUGCACUUGAGUUCGAGAGGGAGUACCUUGAUGCCUGGGAUGAUCAGAGUCUUCCUUCUUGGUCAAUACGAAUCUCAGGGACCAAUGUUAAAGGGAAGGAAACGACUCGCAUGACAGCUCAGACCUCGAAAUCAGUUCCCAAUAUUCAUCCGUACUAAGCGAAUCCUAGAUGACUGUUGGUUGUCUACGCCCAUGGCCGUCCAUAAGGAGGGGCGAGGUCUGACUGCUUGUCUACCUCUAAGCAACACAGGGCACGGGGGAUGGGUUAUAUAUAGUUGAAGAUGGGGAGGGUAGAAGAGUCAUUGGGAUAUUCUCGUAUAGCCUAACAAUACGACGCUUGUUUCGGUUUGGAUGGCCCAUAACAACCUUUGAAUGGGGUUUGGUUUUGGUUUUGGUUUUGGUUUUGGUGGAUGGGUGGUGUUCAGGGACAGGUAGAAUAACAUUGUAUAUGGAAGAUACCCAAUGGAAACACGGGAAGUUUGAGUUUGCGUACCCCCCUCCCUCAGGAAGAAUGCCUAUAUAUAUGUUGACGUUAAAGGAGUAUACUAAGUUAUUACUAACGUAAGUGUCUAUAACAAGGACGACUUGACUGUUAGUCAGGAUGGAAGGUGUGAUACUCACCUAGGUUAGGCACCUACCUACCUACUCAAGGGAUCUAAAACGAUGAUCAUAUUGGGGUAGGGGUAGGGGUAAGGGUAAGGGUUGGG